CAAGUCAGCACUUGUGUGACCUUCUUCUCCCAAAACACAGAACAGACUGAACUCAGCUCAGUCCUUGUAUUUGUCGUAAGUCAUAACGCCUUCCAUCAAUUUGAACACAGCCAUUGAAUUGAAGAGGAGAGAAUGAAUCUGCAGGUGCUUAGCAGAUACUGCACUGUCUCUCUUCCUCACACCUCGUCUUUCAAUCUCAGCACAAAAAUACCACCAUCUUCAAAUCUCACAUUUGGAUCGUCCCUCCAUCAACGCCCACUUUCACUGCCCUACAAGUUAAACCAUACCCCUUCCGCCUCUCCUGCGAAAAUGGGUGUCCUUCAACUCGUCGCUGCUUACUCAAGAGGCAGAGAACCAGCGCCUGAGUCUCCGGCCAAAGCGCUCCGCCGAAUUCUUGACUUGCCAGGGGUUCAUCAAGCCCCUGCUUGUUUUGAUGCUCUAAGUGCCAAGUUGGUUGAAAGAGCUGGCUUCCAGUGCUGCUUCACCAGUGGAUUUUCGAUAUCGGCUGCUAGAUUAGGAUUGCCAGAUACAGGUUUGAUAUCCUAUGGAGAAAUGGUGGAUCAGGGGCAACAAAUUACCCAAGCUGUGUCAAUUCCUGUUAUCGGGGAUGGGGAUAAUGGAUACGGGAAUGCAGUGAAUGUUAAGAGAACUGUCAAGGGAUAUAUUAAAGCCGGUUUUGCUGGGAUUAUGCUUGAAGAUCAGCUCUCUCCAAAGGCUUGUGGUCAUACGAAAGGCAGGAAAGUGGUCUCAAGAGAGGAGGCUGUGAUACGGAUAAGAGCAGCUGUUGAUGCUCGGAAAGAGAGUGGCUCUGACAUUGUCAUUGUUGCACGAACUGAUUCUCGUCAAGCAGUGUCUUUGGAUGAAGCACUCUGGAGGUCAAGGGCAUUUGCUGAUGCUGGAGCAGAUGUUCUUUUCAUUGAUGCACUAACUUCUAAAGAAGAGAUGAAGGCUUUUUGUGGAAUAUCUUCCCCAGUUCCAAAAAUGGCCAAUAUGCUUGAAGGAGGGGGCAAAACACCAAUACUCAAUCCCCUUGAACUUGAGGAUGUUGGAUAUAAACUUGUGGUUUAUCCACUUUCCUUGAUUGGGGUUUCUAUUCAAGCAAUGCAGGAAGCACUAGCUGGUAUCAGAGGAGGUCGUAUCCCUCCUCCUGGAAGCAUGCCAUCCUUCAAAGAGAUUAAGGAAAUUGUAGGUUUCAACAAUUAUUAUGACGAAGAAAAGCGGUAUUCUGCCAGCAUCACUCCACAAUCUUCAGAAAGAUUGACCAGUAAUGUGUACAGUCUCCAAAGGAGGGUUAAAGAUGAUGCAGAGCAGAAAGAUCAGAGUCCUCAAGAUCCCAUUGUUGAAGUUAUAACACCUGACGUGUACAAUAACUAUGGUGCAGAUGGUUCCAGGGGUUCAUUUUCUGGGAUCUGGUCUCGGACGUUGAGGGUCAAAAUAACUGGAAGAGAUGGAUUUGAGAAACUUGAUGUUAGGAUUCCUGCUGGAUUCUUGGAUGGAAUCACAAAUAUAGUUCCAGCUCUCGGCGGUGUAAACAUCAAAGAACUGUUGAAUGAGGCAGCUGAUGAAAUGGGAGGGAAAGUGCUGUUAGAUUUUAAUGACACAAUUGGUGAUAGGAUUCAAGUUUUUCUAGAGUAAAUCCAAAGAGGUUUUACCAGUUUAAUGCUAAAGGAAUUCUCUAUAUAAUAUGAACAGUCCUCCAAGACGCUUUGUUUAUUGGGUGUUCUCUUAAGAGACAAUUUCUCAAAUUGGGUAGAAAAAUACCAAAUGCAGAUGCAAGUGUUUAACUUCUAUGAUUGGUGCAGGGGUAAGACCUACACACUCAUACUUGGCAAAAGAAACUGGUGGUGAGAACAAUGUCAGGUUUAGAAGAAAUAUUGUCAUAAAUAUUAGCACAUUAAGGAAGAAAUGAUAGAAAAAAGUAUG